AAACAAAGCUUGACUAAUAUUUUGAUAAUCCAUUAAAAAAAUGGAAGCCUCUGGGCUUGGUUGAUUCUUGCGGAAAUGUUAUAUUUAUUGUCUAUAUUUAUAUUUCCUGUUUGAUAUUUGCCGGAACAAAUUGUUCCCGAUGUGAUAGAGAUUGAUUGAGCAUUAACCUAGAUUUUUUUUGCUAGAUUUGUCUUUGCAGGAAACUCUGAAGUUAUUUUCAGAUCUGUAUCUAACUAAUUUUUAGGAAAUCGUUCUUUCUGUGUGUAAAAUGAAAAGAAAAUGUCAAAAGCAUACUUUCUAUCAAUAGUUUCUUUAUUAAGAACUUUACCGAGAGAAUACGUAUAUCUCAUUAUUUUAAUACGAACUUUUUAAAAUUUGUAAAAUGAUGAAUAAAAUCGUAAAUCGAAAUUUGGCUUUUUGUGGAGAACAAACUUUUAAUUUUAGUUUUCGAAAAAAAGUGUGUUGCAGAAAGUCUCCGUGCAGAAAAAAACCCCGCUGAUAAAUGAAUAUCUCACAAUGGGAGAGACGAUCCCAUAUAUCUCAUAUACAUAUCCCCAUGUAACAGACGUGAACGAAGAGAUAAUUACUAUCUACGUGCUUCUUUUCUCCGCCGGCUGAUGAACUGCUACCACCUCGUUGAAACCAUUUUUCCUUCGGUAUCGCUGGAAACGUGGCCUCCGGUGGUUAACAGGUGAGCCAUCCAGAUCAGAUUCGGCGACACGACGGUUCGCCUUGCCAAAUGGCAGCGGAACGCGUUAACAACCCGCAGGCCACAUCUGGCACGUACGCGUAGGUAGUCAAUAUGCCCACAGAGACAUACAUACAGGCAUGUGUACAUAACAUCCGUACAUCCACGGACAGAGAGAGAGAGAGAGAGAGAGAGAGAGAGAGAGAGAGAGAGAGAGGGAGAGAGAGAGAACUCCUAACUCGCCGUUAGCGAGCCGAGCAGUGGGGUGGCGGAGUGGGUGGUGGUUAGGUGGUGAGCGGUUGAGUCGGUCGCAAGCGGGUGGUAGCCUACCUCUUCGGUCGGGUAGUAGUAGGUGCGCACCCUACGCGGCUACCAGGUGAGUGGGGCAGAGGCCAACCCCCGACACUCGACGCGGAACGCGAAAAACUACUUGUGCGUGUGUCGAUCCUGGCCGUCGCGUCGUCUCCCGUCGUCGUCGCUCCGACAGUUUAUCCUGAUCCUCAUUGUCGUUGACGACGCCGCGCGACUCGAUCCUUGUGAGAGAGAGAGAGUGGCACCUCCUCCGUUUCUCUCAGUUGUGUACACUCUCUGUCACCCUCCGUCCCCCCUAUCUCUCUCUCUCUCUCUCUUUCUCUCUUUCUAUUUCCGUCUUUCUCGCCGGGUCACCCGGAACGGUCUCUCAGUGUCCCGCCCGAAGGCGACAUUCCAGAUCGAUUGCAAGUGAUCUAGUUGGUUGUGGCCGGGCAUAGAUCGUCGUGUAGAGUGUAAAGCGUCGACGUCGGCGACGGUGAGAAAAGAAGAGAGGGUGCGUUUGCUCGUUCAUCCGUUCGUUCGAGUUGAUCGCGAACUCAAAAUAGUUCCAGGGCGAUAAUAAUCCCGGUUUCUCUCCUGAUGAUACCCGUAUGACACUCAGAUUUUCUGCGGAGAUUCAUUGUAGCAUCUCUGGACUUGUCGGGUCUGUCUGGCUGUCGACGGGCACUUUCUAACCGGAUCGUUCGAUCGUGCGGUCUUAAAUGCUUCCAGAAUUAGCCGUGCGUUCAAUCCGGUCUAAGCGAUUUUUCGCGGACCGCUGAAACCGCAGGAUCCGCUGCUGAGAGCUCACCGGCUCAGUUUCCCCGACGGGGAAAAAGAGCGGGUCUCUUAUUCCUCGGCCCGAGAUUCCCCCGACUUUUUUUCCCUUCCUUUUUCGCCCGCGAAAUCCGCGCCGGGGCACAAAAAUAGAAACUGUCAUUCAAUAAAUCGAUCCCGCCGCCCACCGCCGAGACCGAGGAGAUUGUGGAUGUCAUUGCUAUAAUACUGUCGCUCCCUCGUUGUGCGUGUGUACGCGUGUGAAGGUACAAUCUCUACCUAAGCUACGGCAGACAUCAUGAGUGCUUCCGGCGCAAUUCCUCUGAUCCUGGCGACGAAGGAGCAGAUCGUCGAAGGCGAUGGAGGCGGCGCAGGCGGAGAUGGCGAUCCCAUUGUCAGCACUACCAAUUCCGAGAAGAAGUCUGGAUAUGAGACCAAUCUGUAUCUCUACAGUGAGGAGAUGGAGGAUCGGCCGCGGAUCUCGACGUUGCUUAAUAGCUUGGCCAACUACAGCAACACCAUCCCUGCCGCGACAGAUCCGGACAAACCAGCUCCUCCUACAGGAGGUGGCGCACGAAUGGGUACACUCAUAGGUGUCUACUUGCCGUGUAUCCAGAACAUCUUUGGCGUGAUCCUCUUUAUCCGACUGACAUGGGUAGUCGGUACAGCCGGCGCCAUUCAGGGAUUCUUUAUCGUGCUUUGCUGCUGUUGCGUGACGAUGCUGACGGCGAUCAGUAUGAGUGCCAUCGCCACCAACGGCGUGGUGCCUGCCGGUGGCUCCUACUUCAUGAUCUCGAGAAGCUUAGGCCCGGAAUUCGGCGGCGCGGUGGGUAUGCUGUUCUACACCGGCACUACCUUGGCCGCCGCGAUGUACAUCAUCGGUGCCGUCGAGAUCGUUCUCACUUAUAUGGCGCCGUCACUCAGCAUAUUCGGCGACUUCACGAAAGACGCCAACAUCAUGUACAACAAUUUCCGAGUGUACGGCACCAUCUUGCUGAUGGUAAUGGGCACGAUUGUCUUCGUGGGGGUGAAGUUUGUUAACAAGUUCGCCACCGUCGCACUGGCCUGCGUCAUUUUGUCCAUCAUCGCUGUUUACGUGGGACUUUUCGUGAACGUUAACGGCAACGAGUCUCUGAAGUUGUGCGUGCUCGGUAGAAGGCUGUUAAAGGACAUCAACGUUUUGACCGAUUGCAACAAAAAUUGGAACGGGCCCUUGCACAAUAUUUACUGCAACGGCACCAGAUGCGACCCGUAUUAUCUCGAGAACAAUAUCACUAUUGUCAAUGGUAUCCGCGGCUUGGCGAGCGGUGUGUUCCUAGAGAACAUAUGGGACAGUUUCCAAGAGGAGGGUCAGUUCAUCUCUUAUGGACACGAUCCGAAGGACAUGGAUCUCCUAUCUGGGUCAAGUUACAACCAGGUUCAAGUCGACCUCACUACGACCUUCACCAUCCUCAUCGGUAUAUUCUUCCCUUCCGUGACGGGUAUUAUGGCGGGCUCCAAUCGAUCCGGUGAUUUGGCUGACGCUCAGAAAUCCAUUCCAAUCGGCACGAUCUGCGCGAUCUUGACGACCUCCACCGUCUACCUGUCCAGCGUCCUUCUGUUCGCUGGUACUGUUGAUAAUCUGCUGCUACGCGACAAGUUUGGUCAGAGUAUCGGCGGCAAACUAGUGGUGGCGAAUAUGGCGUGGCCGAAUCAAUGGGUGAUCCUGAUCGGCUCGUUCUUGUCCACCUUGGGCGCCGGCCUUCAAUCUUUAACGGGAGCGCCGCGACUGCUGCAGGCGAUCGCCAAAGAUGGCAUUAUUCCCUUUCUGACACCGUUUGCUACCAGCUCCAGUCGAGGCGAACCCACGCGCGCUUUGAUACUCACCGUGCUGAUCUGUCAGGGCGGUAUCCUGCUUGGCAACGUAGACUACCUGGCGCCGCUGCUAUCCAUGUUCUUCCUUAUGUGUUACGGCUUCGUCAACCUCGCCUGCGCCCUGCAGACCCUGCUGCGCACGCCGAAUUGGCGACCGCGUUUCAAAUAUUAUCACUGGAGCCUGUCAGUCCUCGGUCUGUCACUUUGCAUCGCCGUCAUGUUCAUGACCAGCUGGUAUUACGCAUUAGUUGCAAUGGGUAUGGCCGGUUGCAUCUAUAAGUAUAUCGAAUAUCGUGGCGCCGAGAAGGAAUGGGGUGACGGAAUUCGCGGUCUGGCGUUGUCCGCCGCUAGAUAUUCAUUGCUCAGGCUCGAGGAGGGUCCACCGCACACGAAGAACUGGCGUCCGCAGAUCCUGAUCCUCGCCAAACUUACUGAUGAUUUGGUGCCUAAGUAUCGUAAACUCUUCGCCUUUGCCAGUCAGCUCAAAGCCGGCAAGGGUCUCACCAUCAGCGUCAGCUGUAUAGCCGGCGACUAUACGCAAAACUCGGGCGAGGCGUUGGCGGCCAAGCAGAGUCUCAAGAAAAUUGCGGCGGAAGAGAGGGUGAAAGGCUUCGUCGACGUUCUCGUUGCGAAGAAUAUCGUUGAAGGGCUGAGCUCACUGAUACAAAAUACCGGGCUCGGUGGACUGAAACCGAAUACUGUGAUCCUGGGUUGGCCGUAUGGCUGGCGGCAGUCGGAAGAGGAGAGAACCUGGCGAGUUUUCCUGCAAACCGUAAGGAGCGUCGCGGCUGCGAAGAUGGCAUUGCUGGUGCCCAAGGGUAUAAACUUCUUCCCGGAUUCCAGCGAGAAGAUAAUCGGCAACAUCGAUGUGUGGUGGAUUGUGCACGACGGCGGCCUAUUGAUGCUACUACCGUUUUUAUUAAAACAACAUCGCACUUGGAAGAACUGCAAGAUGAGAAUCUUCACAGUUGCGCAAAUGGAGGACAACUCGAUACAGAUGAAGAAGGAUCUGAAGAAGUUCCUAUACGAUCUGAGGAUCGAGGCAGAAGUCGAGAUUGUUGAAAUGACAAACACCGACAUCUCCGCAUACACAUACGAACGCACUUUGAUCAUGGAACAAAGAAACCAGAUGCUACGCGAGCUGCAGUUGAAUAAAAAACAAUCACUAGGAGUGGUGCAGUCAUUGGUGGACUUCAACGAGGUACCCGCCGAAGAAAAAUUACCUCUGGUGCAGGCGAUCGUAGAUCAUCACCACAACGUGGACGCGAAAGUGCCAACGAAAGUGAGGUUCCAGGAACCGGGUAACCAGAGUACAAACGCGACCGAUGACUUGAAGUUGAUGCAAGAGACCGAUUUAAAUAACAAGGAGUUGGACGUUACCGAAGAAGCAAAUGAGAAGGACGAGGCUAAAGAGAACAAUGAGGAGGAGACUAAGUUGAUCAGCGGCUCGCCUAAAGCGGAGAAUAAAGAGAAUACAGAGAAGGAGGCGAAAGAGGCGAAAGAGGCGGAGGCAAAAGAAAAUGACGCGCAGGACAACAAAAGUCAGAGUCCGGAGAUUAAAAAACCCACGAUUACACCCGACGAAGGUGACGUGAGGCGUAUGCAUACCUCGUUAAAGUUGAACGAGGUAAUCCGUAAAAUGAGCAGCGAGGCUCAGCUGGUUAUUCUUAAUCUUCCUGGACCGCCACGGGACACGAAGAUGGAGCGCGAAUCUAACUAUAUGGAAUUCCUUGAAGUGCUCACCGAAGGCCUGGAGAGAGUACUGAUGGUGCGUGGAAGCGGACGGGAGGUGAUCACUAUCUACUCGUGAAUUGAAGCGAUGGGAACUUAUGCCGUUGCCUUGCGGAAGCAGAGCUUUAGU